GGGGCCGAGGGGGGCCGGCAUGGCCUGACUGCCCGAGGCGCGGCGGCAGCGCAGCGGCGGGCGUGCAACAUGGGGAACCAGGACGGGAAGCUGAAGAGGAGCGCAGGUGAUGCCUCGCACGAAGGCGGCGCCGGCGCCGAGGAUGCUGUUGGGCCCAGAGAUGUGGAAGCCACAAAGAAGGGGAGCGGGGGCAAGAAGGCGCUGGGCAAGCACGGCAAGGGGGGAGGGGGCGGCGGCGGCGGCGGCGGCGGCGGCGGGGACCCGGGCAAGAAGAAGAACAAGUCGGACUCCAGAGCCUCGGUGUUUUCCAACCUGCGGAUCAGGAAGAACCUGUCCAAGGGGAAGGGCGCCGGCGGCUCGCGCGAGGAUGUGCUGGACUCCCAGGCCCUGCAGACCGGGGAGCUGGACAGCGCUCACUCCCUGGUCACCAAGACCCCGGACCUCAGCCUCUCGGCGGACGAGACGGGCCUGUCGGAUACCGAGUGUGCCGACCCUUUUGAGGUGACCCAUCCAGGUGGCCUUGGGCCAGCCGAGGCUGGGGUCGGGGGCCGGGCGGUCGCCGGGGAUUUGGAAGCUGCGGCAGGGGCGCAGGAUGGACAAAGGACCAGUUCGGGCUCGGACACGGACAUCUAUAGCUUUCACUCGGCUACGGAGCAGGAGGAUUUGCUGUCAGACAUCCAGCAGGCGAUCCGCCUGCAGCAGCAGCAGCAGCAGCUGCAGCAGCUGCAGCUCCAGGGCUCGGAGGAGCCUGCAGCGCCCCCCGCCGCCGCCUCCCCCCAGCCUGGGGCCUUCCUGGGCCUGGACCAGUUCCUGCUGGGGCCGAGCGGCGCAGCCCGGGAGGCCCCAGGCAGUCCGGACACAGAGCAGGCGCUGUCCGCGCUCUCCGACCUGCCCGAGAGCCUGGCCGCCGAGCCCCCGCUGCCCGAGCAGCCGCCGCCCCCCGGCGCCCACGGGGCCUCGGAGGCGCCCGGCCUGCCAGCGGCCCAGCCCGCGACCGCAGACUCGCCCUCGCCCACCGCCUUCCCGUUCCCGGAGUCCGCACCCGGGGAGGGCGCUGCCGCAGCGCCCGUGCGCGGGGCUGGGGACACGGAUGAGGAGGGCGAGGAGGACGCUUUUGAGGAUGCCCCCCGCGGCUCUCCGGGGGAGGAGUGGGGCCUGGGCCGGGGAGAGGCCGUGCCGAGGCUGGGCGCAGAGCCCGAGGAGGGGGCGCGAGGGCCCGGCGCCCCCGCGGCCACCUCCCUGCCCGGCAGCCCCGCGCCCAGCCCGCGCUGCUUCAAGCCCUACCCGCUCAUCACCCCCUGCUACAUCAAGACCACCACCCGGCAGCUCAGCUCGCCCAACCACUCCCCGAAUCAGUCCCCCAGCCAGAGCCCCAGGAUCAAGCGGCGGCUGGAGCCCUCCCUGAGCCGGGGGCCCCGAGCCGCCCUCGCCUCCGCGGCCGCCCCGGCCAAGAAGCAGCGGGCGGACGGCGGCCUCGCGGGUGGCCUGAGCCGCUCGGCCGACUGGACCGAGGAGCUGGGCGCGCGCGCGCCCCGGGCGGGGGGCUCCGCGCACCUGCUGGAGGGCGGCGGAGGGGCGCCCCCCGCCCGAGCCAAGGCGUCUGGGGCGCCGGCGGCUGCCGAUGGCUUCCAGAACGUGUUCACAGGGCGAACUUUGCUGGAGAAGCUGUUCAGCCAGCAGGAGAACGGGCCCCCGGAAGAAGCGGAGAAGUUUUGCUCCCGGAUCAUCGCCAUGGGUCUUCUGCUUCCUUUCAGUGACUGCUUCAGGGAGCCGUGUCGCCAGAAUGCCCCCGCGAGUUCAGCGCCCUUUGACCAAGAUCAACUUUACACCUGGGCUGCCGUUAGUCAGCCCACACACUCACUGGAUUACACAGAAGGGCAGUUUCCCAGGCGAGUCCCGUCUGUUUGGCCGCCAUCUGAAUCUCCUGAUGAAGAACACAGGCCCAAGGCUGCUAAAGCAGAAUCUCAAUCUGCUGUUUUGGAAACUCCAAAAAAAAGUUCAGAUGCUGUUCAACAGGAAGUUUCUGACAUGAAGUCUGAGGGACAGGCAACUGUAAUUCAGCAACUGGAACAGACCAUUGAGGAUCUGAGGACCAAAAUCGCUGAACUAGAGAAGCAGUACCCUGCUGUGGACAUGGAGAUGACCAGUGGCCAUCAUGGGAUGCAGAAUGGAGUGGUACCCUCAGAAGAUGUGUGUCUUGAAGCUCUCAGGUUAGGAGAAAAGGAUGUACGGCAUCAAAGGAUUUUACAGGCAAAGUCAAUCCAGACGUCUCCGACAGAAGAGGGUGGGGUACCGACACUGCCUUCUGUUAAUGCACUGCCAGAGUGUCCCCCAUGCCCACCUGGGGCUGAACGUGGAGACUCAGCUGUGCCAUCCUCUCCUUCUGGACCUCAGACAAAAUUCUGUUCAGAGAUUUCUUUGAUUGUGUCUCCAAGGCGAAUAUCGGUACAGCUUGACACACAUCAGUCCAUCCAGCCUUCACCACCUCCAUCCCUUCCGUGUUCUGACGGUCAAGGAAAGGCUGGGUCACAGCCUUCCCCUCCUUCUCUUCAUGCUGAGUUUGAAACCAGCCAUGAACACUAUGUUUCCUCCUUCUCUGAAAACAGCUGUAACAUCCCACCCUCACCACCUCUGCCUUGCACAGAGUCCUCCACCUCCAUGCCUGGUCUGGGCAUGGUGGCUCCCCCGCCUCCCCCUCUCCCUGGCCCAACAGGGCCUGCUCUGCCCAGUACAGCAAUCCCCUCACCUCCUCCUCUGCCUGGUACAGAAAUGCUGCCACACCCUCCCCCACCUUUGCCUGGUGAGGGAAUACCUCCUCCCCCUCCUCUUCCCAGAGUGGGGAUACCAUCUCCCCCUCCUCUUCCCGGUGUGGGGAUACCCCCUCCUCCUCCUCUUCCUAGUGUGGGGAUACCUCCACCCCCUCCUCUGCCCGGUGUGGGGAUACCCCCUCCCCCUCCUCUUCCCGACUCCAGUAUUUCACUUAUUUGGGAAAAAAUUGAAGAGCCAUCCAUAGAUUGUCAUGAAUUUGAAGAAUUAUUUUCUAAAACUGCUGUAAAGGAGAGGAAGAAACCUAUUUCUGACACCAUCACAAAGACCAGGGCCAAACAAGUUGUCAAGUUAUUAAGCAACAAAAGAUCACAGGCAGUUGGAAUAUUAAUGUCUAGCCUUCAUUUAGAUAUGAAAGACAUACAGCAUGCUGUUGUGAACUUGGACAAUUCUGUGGUUGACUUGGAGACCCUUCAAGCUCUCUAUGAGAAUAGAGCACAGUCAGAUGAACUGGAAAAAAUCGAAAAGCACAGCCGUUCCUCCAAAGACAAGGAAAAUGCCAAGUCCCUGGACAAACCUGAGCAGUUCCUUUAUGAACUGUCACUAAUCCCCAACUUUUCAGAGCGAGUCUUUUGCAUCCUGUUCCAGUCCACGUUUUCAGAAAGCAUCUGCUCAAUUCGUCGCAAACUGGAAUUGCUACAGAAAUUGUGUGAGACAUUAACAAAUGGCCCAGGGGUUAUGCAGGUUCUGGGCUUGGUUCUUGCCUUUGGCAACUACAUGAAUGGCGGAAAUAAGACUCGGGGACAGGCAGAUGGUUUCGGAUUAGACAUUCUCCCGAAGCUGAAGGAUGUCAAAAGCAGUGACAAUAGCAGAAGCCUUUUGUCAUAUAUCGUUUCCUAUUAUCUUCGAAAUUUUGACGAGGACGCUGGCAAAGAACAGUGUGUCUUUCCACUACCAGAACCCCAGGACCUUUUCCAGGCCUCGCAGAUGAAGUUUGAAGAUUUUCAAAAAGAUCUCAGAAAACUAAAGAAAGACUUGAAAGCCUGUGAGGUUGAAGCGGGGAAAGUGUACCAGGUAUCCUCGAAAGAGCACAUCCAGCCUUUCAAAGAAAACAUGGAACAGUUUAUCAUUCAAGCUAAAAUUGACCAAGAGGCAGAGGAGAACUCACUGACAGAGACUCAUAAAUGCUUUUUGGAGACUACAGCCUAUUUCUUCAUGAAACCAAAACUUGGAGAGAAGGAGGUGUCCCCAAAUGUUUUCUUCAGUAUCUGGCACGAAUUCAGCUCCGACUUCAAAGAUUUUUGGAAGAAAGAGAACAAACUUAUUCUACAAGAGAGGUAG